AUGGAAGCCCUGACAGAGCCCCCACAGUCCUCGACCUUCAUCCCGCUCGCCGAACACCGCUCCGCAACACCAGCCUCGUUCUACUCUGGCCCUCCAGUCCUCCACUACUACAGCGACCGCAGCAAGAUUAUCGUGCUCGAGCGAGAUCUCAGCAGCAAUGCCCUCCUACACCCUCUGUUCAAGGACGCAAAAGGCACACACGAGAAUGGCGAUGCGCCCACAAACGGGACGUCCACAGCAACAGACGAAUCCCAACGGGUCCUCGAAGAUGUAGACGUAUGGGUGACUUCUAGCAAGCUAUACCUCUUCUCCCCCACAGCCUCUGCCGGCCUCUCAAUCUCCUACCCCACCAUCUCCCUGCACGCCAUCCAGCGCCUGCCUUCCUCAGACGACGAUCCGACAGCAAGUCAAGGCGUCUACAUGCAACUCCUCCCUCCGUCCACAGGCAACGCCUACUCCGAAGACGACGAAGAACCAGACUCCAUCUCCCUCACCAUAAUCCCUACAGCGUCCGCCCCACCGCAAGGACCCGGCUCCGCUGCAGCAGACAUCGGCGAAGAGGAAGUCGAGAACGAAGACAAGCCCGAGCAGACACCAGCGGAAGCGCUCUUCACCGCAUUAUCAGCAUGUGCGGAUCUACAUCCUGAUCCGGUCGAAGACCAGGAAAUGGGUGAUGGUGACGAUGAAGAUGGUGUUGGCGGCAGUCAUCUGAUCAGACAAGGAUUGGCAUUCCCGAUAAGCGGCGGCGUUGGCGACGACGGGCUGCCGCCGCCGAUGCCGGGAAGUGGCGGGUGGAUCACGGCGGAGAAUAUGCAUGAGUUUGUGGAUGAGGAUGGCAACUUCCUCCCGGAUGCGGACGAAGACGAAGAUGAUGCGGCUGAGCAGCCGCUAGGCCCGGGUGCAGGCACGGUGCGAGGCCGUGACGACGACGGCGAGGAUGAGGGAAAUGGCGAUGGUGGGGAUGAGACGAAGUGGCAGAAGACUGGAUGA